GUCGGACAUCGUCCUCGUCUUCUCCAGCCCUUAACCCACCCCUACUUUCCUUCCUCUGCCUUUGCUUCAAGGAGAAACCGAAGGACUAUCAGAUGUGGAAAACACACUAACAAAAGCCAGCCCUUUCAAUACCAAGGGUCCUAUGCUUCAUCAGGUAAUAAAGCUCUUACAAUCAAAAUACCACUACAAAGAAGAGGCAGAAAUCAUCUGUGAUAAAGUUCAGGUUAAACUCAGCAAGGAAUGCUUUCAUCCUUACAGUACAUGCAUUACAGAUGUGAGGACUUCACACUGGGAAGAAGCAAUCCAGGAAACCAAAGGUGGUACUGACAAUAGGAAACUGGCAGAAGAAUGUUAUUUCCUGUGGAAAUCUACACGUUUACAGCAUAUGAUCCUAGCAGAAGAUGUCAAAGCCAUGCUCACUGAACUUCGCAAAGAGGUCCGCCUACUCUUGUUAACAAAUGGUGACAGACAGACACAGAGGGAGAAGAUAGAGGCUUGUGCCUGUCAGUCUUACUUUGAUGCUAUUGUUGUCGGAGGAGAGCAGAAAGAGGAGAAACCAGCACCUUCCAUAUUUUAUCACUGCUGUGAUCUCCUUGGAGUGCAGCCAGGAGACUGCGUGAUGGUCGGUGACACACUAGAAACCGAUAUACAAGGAGGCCUCAAUGCAGGACUGAAAGCCACAGUCUGGAUAAACAAGAGUGGAAGGGUGCCGCUGACGUCAUCCCCCAUGCCUCACUAUAUGGUUUCCUCUGUGCUGGAAUUACCUGCUCUCUUACAAAGCAUAGAUUGCAAAGUCAGCAUGUCUGUGUAGCACACAGAGGAACACAGCAACCAAGUGCAAAGCCAGUUGACAGGGGUAGAACUAAUGAACACCGAGGCAUUCUGUGUCUGUUUUCAGUUCCAAGAAUAAUGUAAGUGAGGGAUUCACUGCCAUGCUGUGAAGAUCCUCCCAACCCUGCUGCUGUUGAUAACCAUAGGCUUGUGCUCACAUCUGAAAUCCAGGUUUUAAUUGUGUAGUCCAGAAAACUUGAAGGAAGGCAGGAUAGCUUACAUGUGGAUAUGAAGGUACUGGUUUACAGCAUAGAAAUAGAUAUUUUUUUAAAAAAUAGAUAUUCUAAAAUAGAGAUUCAAGCAACUAAAUCAGGUUGGCAUAAGUACUAAAUCAUAAAAAUCAAAACAUUUCAUAGUGAAAUUUUGCAUAUUUUAGACAAUUUUUUUGUUAAAAUAUUUUGCCUACUUUCAAUGUGUACGUUCUUAUCUAUAUGAUUUUUCUGCAUGAAUUUUGAAGGGCUUAAUUUUUUGUGGUGUGAACAUAACAGAUUGCUAUCAUUUGGAAAAAAAUAAUAAAAAUCAACCCAUGGUGCUCCUUUUCCACACCAUUUUGAUAA